AUGACUAGAGAUACUUUCUCUGUGUUAGCCUGUGUGUUGCUGGCGGUGAUGCUAAGCGCUUGUCUUAGCCACCCUCUGAUCGACUCCCAGCGGCUCUUCUCCAUCGCGGUCAACCGCAUCCAGCACCUCCACAUGCUCGCACAGAGGAUCUUCUCCGAGUUAGAAAGCUCUCUACAGAUUGAAGAACAGAGACAGCUGAAUAAAAUAUUUCUUCCGGAUUUCUGUAACUCCGAUGACAUCAUCAGUCCCAUUGACAAGCACGAGACGCAGCGGAGUUCGGUGCUGAGGCUGCUCACGGUGUCCUAUCGGCUCAUCGAGUGCUGGGAGUUCCCCAGCCAGUCUCUGCCUGGAGGCUCAGUGCUCAGAAACCAAAUCUCCCCGAAACUCAGCGAACUGAAGAAUGGCAUCCAUAUCCUGAUCAGGACCAGCCAGGGUGCGGGCGAUGCGCUGGUGGAGGCCGACCCCAUGUCGCCCUACGGGGGCUACUACCAGGCGCUGGGCGGGGACGGCUCGCUGCGCGGGAGCUACGAGAUGCUAGCCUGCUUCAAGAAGGACAUGCACAAGGUGGAGACCUACCUGACCGUGGCCAAGUGUCGACUCUCCCCUGAGGACAACUGCACUCUGUAG